AAUAAAAUCAUUUAAAACUUAAAACGUAAACACUAAAGUGACUAAACAGUUACUAAAGUAAAAAUGAAAAAUUUCAUGGGAUUACGUUGAAAUAAGUUUAUGAAUGAGAUAAUUAUGAGUUCUUGAAUAGAAAGGACUUAGUUUUAUGUUGGAACUGUAAUAUGUUUGACUGAUUUCUCAAGCGGGAGCUGGGUGGAAGCAGGAAGUUUUCAGUGUACUUUUCGUUGUGGACUCGCUCCUUCAUUACCAGGCUAACACCAGUCAUUAUUCCUUCGGCAUAAUUGGCGAAAGCAAUCUGUAAUCAUGUUUGGUGGGCGAGCAGCAUCUCUUUUCAAACCGCGGUUUUUCACUGCGCCCGCAGUUCGCUCGAAAUCGGAUGUUUCUACCACAGUGAUUCCGGAGGCCCCUACCACAAUUGCACUGCAGGAUAAAGAUCGCAUUGACCUAACAAAAAAUAAGGCUCCAGAAGAGUUGCUGGAAGACGUAAAGACACAUACAGGACAGAAGUGGGACAAAGGCGAUUACAGACUGGUCCGGUUCGUUAAUUUCCCAAAACUGGUUAACACGCGUCGGGCCAUAGAUUUAAUUCACGAGGUGCCUCCUACGCCAGUUCAUGGAUCACGUACAUUUUGUGACGGUGGUGGCGGACCUUUAGGCCAUCCUAAAGUGUACAUUAAUGUUGAUAAACCGGGAAACCACGCUUGCGGUUACUGUGGACUGCGAUUUUUCAAAAGCGAAGACCAUCAUCAUUAAUCGGGAGUGGAUGCUCCCAGCCUGUCAGUUGUGCAAUAGCGGUUUAGCCUGCUAUAUUCUGUUUCGCUUUCACAUACGUAACGUGCACCGAGUUUUAUUUUAAGCGUAGAUAGUGUGCAGGAAAGCCAGUCGGUGAGAUGUAUUAACGAAACAUGAAAGGCAUAAUAAUGCCAAAUUUGCGCAUUUACAAAUUCUUUGGGUUUAGAACUGUACAUAACUACAGACUGCAGUGAUACAGAGUUAUCUAUCUUGAAUAAAAGGAUGAGACAAAGCAUCACUCAAGGAA